UGGGAGGAGGCUCUGAGGCUUUGUUGUUAUAGUAAAUGCUCAACCCGCUUCUUCGGUACAGCUUUCAGCGGUGUACAGACGGUUUGGCCGAAAAUUGCGGAUUUUCGCUUAGAGUUUCAAGAAAAGAACGGAGAGGAGGUGACGCGGUAAAGGAACCAACCACAGAGAUAUCCAGCGAUGGUCUACUGUAGAAAGCAAAGGCUGUGGCUUCAGCUACGAUCUUCACCCCUCCUAACAAGUCUUUGGUCUCUGGAUGAACAUUAGACACAGUGCACACCCUCUGACCUUAGAUGUAAUUAAGAACAAAAUCAGAACCUCAUUCCUGCUGUUAUGGAGAGUCCAAGCCUGCUGUCCCUCAUUGUGGCAUUGCUGGGUUAUCUGAGCCCAUGUCUGACAAAACUGACUCCCAGAGUCUCCUUUCCUAUGGGUAUUCCUGGGAGACAUCUCACCCGCUACAGUAGCCAUGAUGUCAGCAACACCACCACACUGCUGCUCAGUGAGGAUGGAGACAUGCUGUAUGUAGGAGCCCGGGAUGCUGUGUUAGCACUGGAUGUUAGCCAUGAGGACGCCAUCAUACUGAGGAGUAAGUUGGACUGGAGCCCUUCAGAGAAAGACAUUGAGCAAUGUUCUAUGAAAGGAAAGAAAAUGGCCGACUGCCCCAAUUUCAUUCGUGUACUGCAGUUCCUGAACACCACCCACAUCUAUGCCUGUGGAACAUUUGCCUUCAGUCCACACUGCACCUACAUUAACUCACAGACGUUAACGAUGACCCUCAAGGCUGAUGAAGGAAGAGGUCGCUGCCCUUAUGACCCCUACCAACGCAACACUGCUAUCAUCGUAGAUGGAGAACUUUAUACGGGGACGGUGGCAGACUACAGGGGGAACCGCCCAGGCAUCUCCCGGCACCUCAGUGAGGGCCGGCGUGUUGACCUGAAGUUGGAUGAUACAUUAGGAUGGCUUGAGGAUCCAACUUUCAUCAGCUCCAGUUUCCUUCCUGAUGAAGAGAAAAUCUACUUCUUCUUCAGUGAAGUGGGCAGAGAGUAUGACUUCAUCGACAAAUUUAUUGUUUCUCGUGUUUCUCAGAUCUGCAUGAGUGAUGUUGGAGGUCAGCGGACCCUGCAGCGACGCUGGACCACAUUUGCCAAAGCUCAGCUGUUGUGCCAGGCUGAUAAUGAGCUGCCCUACAAUAUGAUCCAGGACAUAGACACCCUCCCACCAGUAGAGGGAGCUCCUGCAGAUGAUACACUCUUUUACGGCAUCUUCACCUCCCAGUGGUCUGUCAACUCUGGACGGUCAGCGGUGUGCUCAUUCCGCCUGACUGACAUCAAAUCGGUUUUCUCUGGUAACUACAAAGUCCUGAACCGGGACACAUUACAGUGGAGCACACGGGUUCAAGAAAAGAUUGCAAAUCCAGGAGAGUGUGGACUGCACAACGCGUCUGACAACGCCCUGCGUUUUGUCAAAGAAAACUUCCUGGCAGACGACAGUGUGCGACCAGUUGGAAGAAGUCUGACUAUGGUAUCUGCUGAGCACAACUACAGCCAUCUGACUGUCCAAAGAGUCCAGGCUGCCUACAACAGAGACUUCACUGUCCUGUUUCUGCUUACAGAGUCUGGUUACCUACACAAAGCUGUCCUGCUGCAGAGUGGGGCCCACAUCAUAGAGGAGGUCCAGGUUUUUGAGAACCCACAACCUGUCAAGAGCAUGAAGCUCUCCAUACCCAAGGGUAUGCUAUAUGUUGGCACAUCAGAGGGUGUAGUGAGGGUUCCAACAGCCAACUGCUCUUUCUACUGGACCUGUCCUCAGUGUGUUCUUGCCCGAGACCCCUUCUGUGGUUGGGACCCUGCCAGCAGGUCCUGUGUGGAGGCCUCCAACACCCAUGCCAGUCUAGGCCAGGACAUAGACAGAGGAAAUGUUGAAGAGGCAUGCAACACUGUUUCAUUUACACACAGAGCCAGAUUUGGUCCAAACAAACUGCCUGCAGGAGAACUGGUGUCAGUGUCUCUGAAUGAAGUGGUGCGGCUGCAGUGUCCCGCAGCAUCGCAGAUCUCCCAGCAGCUGUGGGAGCGUCCAAACAGCCGGCUGUCUUCAGACUUGUACCUACACCUUGAUGAUGGGAGUCUGAGCUUUGUGGCAACCCCCGCCACAAUGGGUCACUACCUCUGCCUGUCCACCGAGAACGGCUUCCAACAAACUAUGGCCAUCUUUCAUGUCAAACAGAAGAGCAGCCCCAUGACUCAAAUUCCAACCAGCUACACUUGGCCUGAGGCACACCACAUACCCACCACAAAGAGUGUUGCUGAACCUGGGCCCGGACUGCAUACCUCUGUGGGGACUUUGCCUAAAAUGACAGAAACAAGACAAGGAAAGACUGAGGCAACACUGUCCAUCAGGGACACUCAAGUCACCACCAGUCAGCGUGGCAGAAACGUGAGCCGGUGGACAGUGAAAUCUGGGCAAAAAGAGGCAGAGUUUUGGGAUGGGGAGCCCCUGCUGUCGGCACGAGGCCCCUGCUACCUUAAGGAGCUGGUGGUUGUGUCAGUUCUACUGGUGCUCUGCAUCAGCUUGCUAAUCACCAUGCUUCUGUAUUUCAUCAGACAGCGCUGUCGCAUCCGAACGUCCCCUCAGGCAGCAACUCCAUCCAGAGAAUCUGACAGAAGGACCCCUGUUGAGCAGGAGGCUCUCAAGGAGAACUGUUUUCUGAGCAAAUGCAACGUACAGGCCAGUGGGCUAGUUUGUAAUGGUGCACUCACCGGCUCUAAUGGGCAUUUGCCUAACACCCCCAUCUGAACAGUCUCUGACUAGAUCAGAGGUGAGGAGAGGCCAGCCCAGGUACCAGAAUUACCAUGGUGACAGUCAGUGGGCUCAGUGCGAGGUUCUGUUUGAACAGCCAAUGAGCUCAACAAACAGUCAACAAACAUUGUUGACUGUGAUCCUGAUGGGUAAGAUUUGGAUCUAAUAGUAUGAAAGACAAUAUUUUCGUUAUACUUAAAUGCAGACACAUGACUGUUGAGAUGAGACUUUUUAUUGUUGCCUGACACUGAAGCACAUGUCCACUGUUGUGUCCUGAACUUUUUGUAUUUUCACUUAAUAGACAGUAACACUUGCGACUGAAAGGUACAACCCGAUCCAAUACAGCUGGUUCUCUCAACAUUUUUUUUAGACUAGCGAGUGUUUGAUCCAAAGCCAGUGAUCACCACAGAUAAUCUUUUGAUGGGACCAUUGCAUUUUCAAGAGUUCAUUCAAAACAAACAUGAACGAGAAUGGAUCAUUCAGUUGUUCUCAAGUGGGGUUGUAUUGGGUACUUCUCCAUUGUCAGUAUAUGGAGUUUGGACAAACAGAGGGGGUGAUCUGUGCUCAUCAAACAACUUAGAAUCAGAUAUUUUAAAGAAAGGCCCAUCAUGGCUGUGUAUGUGACUUAGCUAAUUUGCUUUGGCAAUUAAUACACAUUUUAUACAAACUGAUUUUGCAGGAAAACUUAAUUAAUGGUUAUGUUCAGUAGCCAGGAUUUCCCCAGUCCAGUAAGCAUGAUGCUCCUUUAACAUAAAUAAGUGUUCAACGUCGAUUAGCAUAAACAAAUGUAUCUAAUUUUUUGUUUGUGAGAUGGUAUUACACACAAAAUGGGAACGUGCUUUGGCUAGAAUUGGCGGAAUGCUCAUCACUAAUUUCCUGUGCAUCAUACACAUUUGGACACAACAUCAGUAAACAUGUAUCCAUAACCUCUUUCGUAAUGACACAGUGCUGUCAUUCAGUGUUCUUACAUGCACUUCAAUAAAGAGUUU